AUGACAACUGCUGGCGUUGCCCCGCUGCUUGCCGUGACGCUUAUCUUCCGCUCGAAGCCUGCAUUCGAGUCUCUGAGCUUAACUCACGUCGUCGACUCCGUCACCACCUUCCUAGACUCAGCGUUGGAGCUGCCCAUUAAGAAAGCCUGCCAGUUCAAUUCAACGCGCCUGUUAGAUCGAAUCUGGGAUAGCUCCAUCGAGCUGGCCGCCUCUUCCGACACCUCCUGGAGUAUACGCAAUCUCCUUCAGACCGAAACUCAUUACAGAGGCUUCCAGUUCACGUUCUCUAUAGUCAAAGCCAUACAACUGAGAAAUCUGGAGAUGAUCCAAUGGCUGUGCGAACAUUUUCCUGCUCUCAUGGUGGUUCAAAAGUGUGUGGAGGAAGCUGCAGCUGUCGGGAGUAUAGAAAUCCUCCAAUAUUUGCUUGAAAAGGGUGUAAACGUCAACGCCCUUGACGACGAGGACGAGGACAACGAAGGGGUCCAUGAUGCUGCUGCCAAUGGACAUAUCACCAUGCUUGAGUUCCUUACAGAAGAGGGUUAUAUUCAAGACGACACUGUUGGGUUAUUACUGAAAGCAGCUGAUGCAGGUCAACCGAUAUACAUGUAUCCUUCGUCACCGAGAGAAACUGAGCUACAGACUGAGCCGUCUAAGCCUGGUUACACCACCGCAGCAAUGGAUGGCGCGGCUGGCAAUGGACAUUUAAACGUUCUACGUUGGCUUCUUGAGAAUGAGAGUGAAGGCUGCACGACACAAGCUAUGAGUCUCGCUGCUCGAAAUGGACAUUUCGAAGUCGUGCAGUGGCUAUGCGACAACAUACAGAAGGAUUGGAUUGCCAGUGCGAUGGAUAGCGCUGCUUCUGGAGGUCAUAUCGAAAUUUUGGAGUGGCUACAUGAACGCGGCUUCCAAUGUUCUGUAGAUGCCAUGGACGGAGCUGCUAGCGGCGGACACUUGGAAGCGGUCAAGUGGCUCCAAGACCACAGAUCCGAAGGAUGCACGAAGGCUGCUAUGGACGGUGCGGUCUCUUGUGGAGCACUGCGCCUUGUAAAAUGGCUUCACGAAAAUCGCUCUGAAGGCUGCACACGCUCAGCAUUUUACAAAGCGGCUCUUCUUGGCCACUUAGAUGUCAUCAAGUGGCUGCUUGAGAAUUACAGUGAAGAGUUCCCGCCUUUCGCUAUGGAAAACGCUGCGCUGUCUCUGUCGUUUGAAGUCGUUUUGUUUCUACAUCGAGCUAAGCGGGGAGGGUGCUCAAGCGCUGCCAAGAUUGUAAGGUAUCUGAGUCUGGACAUGUUAAGAUGGCUCCACGAGAAUUAUCGUGAGGCCAUGCUCGAAAACGGAGGUUUAUUUUUCUUGAGUUACCAUUAUCCGAGCAAUUGA